AUGAACUUCGGGAGCGCAUACGCUCUUCACGACAGCGAUGAUGAGGAUGAGCGCGUCAUGGAAGACGCUCCGCCAUCGGGCCCGCUCUCUUCGAUGGGCGCGGUUCCCUUUGGCGCCGGCCCCGCCUUGACUCGCGCCUUCGCAGGAUCCCCACCUGCACCCCAGCCUGCUGGAACGAACAUCCCCAACUUUAUCGGCUUGGUUGGUGGCGUAGGAAUCCCUCACGAUGCACCUGUGCCGGCGGCAGCCCCUCCCGCGGCGGGGGCGGCGGCGGCGGGGGCGGGAGGGGCAGGAGUGCCGCUGUGGCCUCCUCCGCCCAUGAAAGCGAGCGCUGGAGUACCAGCGUCAAGGCUCCCGGUUGAUUUGGGCGCAUCCAUCGGAGGUGAUGAUGGUACAAGUGGGAAGAAGGCCAAGGCCAAGAAGGCAUAUCGGAGAUGCGGUUUUACUCCGAACGACGGCGCAGGCAGGGACUCUGCCGCCGCAGGCAGGGGCUCUGCCGCCGCCAGGCCGCCGCAGGCGCCGGCUCCUCCUCGGUCGAGGACAUGGACGCGCAAGGUGGACACGAACAUCCUGAACGUGGACAUGGCCGCCCUCGGCAACGCCGCGCCCUACGCCACGGGAGACGCGACCAUCUGCAACGACUGCCGGGCCUGCCUCAGCGCCGUGUCGGUCCUCGCCCCCGUCAGCGACGACUCGGGGGCCGUCGUCGAAGACGUGUACGACUGGACGUGCGAGUUCUGCCACAAGACGAACCGAGUCGAGCUCGGACGGGGAGAACUGCCCGUGGUCGGGCAGGAUAGCGUGGACUACGUCCUGGAGGCCGCGCCCGCUACCGCUGCGGCUGCCACGCAGGGGAAGGGGGCUGGCGCUGACCAGGACGAGUCUGCCGUUCUCUUCGUGAUCGACACGAGCGGCUCGAUGUGCGUGACCACGGCCGUGGAAGGUCGUCUAGCCCUGCGCGGAGACCGCACCAAGGACAUGAGCCGUCUUCUUACCGCGGAGGAUGCCAGCAACCAGCACAUGCCGGGGCAGCGGAGAGGAAUGACGUACGUCUCCCGGCUCCAGUCCAUGCAGGCCGCUAUCGACGAUCAGCUCGAGACCAUGGCCAAGGAGACGCCGUCCCGCCACGCCGGGAUCGUGACCUUCAACGGCGAGGUCUCCCUGAUCGGCGACGGGUCCGGCGACUCCCGCGUCGUGGCCGGGGACCGCCUGUCGGACGGGGAGGCCCUGAAGGAGGUGGGGCGGGCGUACCCGCUCUCGAGGCCCAUCUCGGAGGCCAAGUCUCGCCUGGCCGACCGCCUCUUCGCGCUCGAGGAGGGCGGGCCGACCGCCCUGGGCCCCGCCGUCGUGGCCGGCCUGUCCAUGCUCAAGGAACGGGGAGGUCGUGGAUCCCGCCUGGUGCUCUGCACGGACGGGCUGGCCAACGUGGGCCUCGGAGCCCUCGACGACCUCCAGAAUGACGAACAGAGGCAGGUUGCCGAGUCCUUCUACGAGGACCUUGGCCGCGAGUCGUCCGGGAACGGGGUGACGAUCGACGUGGUCUCCGUGGACAGCGACGCCUGCGACCUGGAGAACCUCGGCGCCAUGGCCGACGUGUCCGGGGGCACCGUGACCAGGGUCAAGGCCUCCGACCUCACGUCCAACUUCGCGGGCAUCCUGGCCAACCCCAUCCUCGCUUCUCAGGUCUCCGUCCGCGUGACGCUGCACAAGGGACUCAAGUUCCGGAACGCCGACGUCGGGGCCGAAGUGAACACGCUUGACAGGGACAUCGGCAACGUGACCCGUGAGACGGAGCUCAACUUCGAGUACCAAGUGCGCAGCAGGACGGAGCGCCGGGCGCUGGGAAUCGAAGACAACGGCAUCAUUUCUUCGCCGACGGUCAGGAUUGAGACCCCGCCGAACGCUGCUGAUCCUACCCCUGGAGCCGGCGCCGGCGCUGGCGCGGCCGCUAUUCCCACCCCGCCUCCCCUGCCGCCCGCUGCCGCCGCCGCUAUGCCCACCUCACCACCCGCCGCCGCCGCCGCCGCCACCGCCGCCGCUCCUCCCACCUCGCCGGCCCCGGCGGCGGAGACUCCUCGCGCAGCCCUUCCGUUCCAGGUUCAGAUCAGCUACACCCGUCUUGACGGCACCAAGUGCUUGCGUGUACUCACCAAGACCCAGCGGGUUACAAAGAGCAAGGCUGCCGCGGAGAGGUCCAUGGAGAUGGCGGUGGUGGCUGGCCACGCCUCUAGCGCCUCCGGCGUCCUGGCAAGCAAGGGCGCCUACCAGUCCACCCGUGUGACGAUGCGGGCCUGGAACAACCUCAUGUCGAGGAACCAAACCCGGGAGACACGGGCCCAGGUGGAAACCUACGGCAUGGCGAUGCAAGCUCUUGACUCGGAGGUUGUUCAGGCCCAGAGGUCCGAAGGCGGGGCGGGCUUCGGUCAUGCGGGCGGAGCUGUGGACGACGUCUUGGAGAGUCUAGUCCACGGCAGGGCCCGCAAGUCGGCCCGCUCCGGCAACGACAGCCUGUCCUACAAUGCCUUCAGGGCCAAGAGUGGCUCCAAGAAAAAGUACCAACCCGAACCGACCGACCGCAAAUGAAAACGCCGGCCGCACAGACGUGGUCUGUUCGAAGAUGGGCUAUACAAAGCCAAGAGCGUUCGGAUCCUGAGGUCGUUUGAAAGAGGUCAAUUCGCGCGAAUAAUGUAGAAUUCAGAAUAUUCGUGGUAGUGUAGAAAUCGGAUUGAUAUAGAUGAGGGAUCGAGGGUUGUCGAACUCUCAGCCUGUGCCGGGAUGAAACCGUAGGCAUGAAGGAAGGGCGAAGGGCGUAGAAGAGAGAAAAAGUCAAAAGUUUGGGGCUGGCUCUAUUUGCGUGAUUGAACCUAGAAAGCAUUGAAAGAAAAUGAAGAAAAAAUGUCUCUCCGUGUAAAGCGUAUUUUUUCAUGUGUGGGUAUGUUUGUUGUGUCGGAGGGACACUUUUGCCCAUCUGACCCCUCGGUUUGGUGUCGUGUUCAGGGAGGAGCAGAAAACGAUAUCACUAUUUAACUGGUAGCCGUGCCUCGAAGGACGUACGCGCUACCAUGGCCGUUCUUGCGAAGCUCUAUCGCUUACUUACCAAGAACAUUCGACAUCAUCAAUCGGACACCACGUAGAUGGGGGAUGGUGGGAUAGCAUGGGUUCGGGGCUGCAAGAGGCGGUGGUUUAUCGAAACGGUUUCAACACAUGGAGGAAGGAGUGAGCAAGGGAUUGGGACUGCAACAGAGAAUUGGCAGUUGAUGAAAGUUGUGAAAAAAAGUAGAUACACGAGAGAUCAGUUGGGUACGUAACGCAGCGGCGGCAAGAGUUUGAGUGUACCACACCAACAAGCGCAGGCCAAAGACGGGCUAUAGUUUGGCUGCGCUCCAGGUGUUUGCACCGACAGGCUAUUUGCCGUGGCAGCGCCGAAGAGAGUGCGGUAGACCCAAGGAAGUAAGGACGGUGGUCGACGGGAGCGAUCACUGAUGUAGGAAUAUAGUGGAGGUUGGAAGCUUUCCAGCACCUGGUAGGCAGGAGAUGUCGAAGUGGGGGCGUAAACGAGCCGCUGGCUGAAAGUGUGUUGCUGUUACGUAAGCGGAUACUCUUUGUAAGUACUUGACUUUAGCUUGGUGUUGUCCGAUUCACAGUCCUGAGCCGCUCAGUCACACCAUAGAAACAAGGAUGUUUACGAGAUUGACGGUGCGGCUGGGGGUCUUGAAGCUUAAAGAAACGGCUUUUCCUUCGCGAAACGUGGGUUUGAGUUUCUAUCUAAGUUGCUCCUCAGCGUAUUUGUGAAUGAAUGCCCAUUUUUCAACCUCGAUUUUGGGAGGAGACCUGGGACACGGGGCGGCUUACGUGAACAAUACAGCAGGGGAACAGUG